AUGUCGUCUUGCAGGAGAGCCAACUACCCGGCCUACUCGUCGACGGGCUCUCGUCCUCAUCUCCCCUACGACGACGGCGACAACACCAGCUAUUCGCACUCUGAUCAGGACCGCUACGACCCCACGACGACUUACGAAACAUCAAUUAGCUCCGAGAGCGACAUCAGUCCCAACGACUCGGCUUCCAUACCGGCCGACAGACCUUCCACGCACUUCAGAUACCAAUCGCUCCCUCAUCGUCCUCGUCCACAACAAUCUCCGUCUCACGAUAACCCACCCCUUCAGGAGGAUCAUCCUUUGCGAAAGACACGACAUCGCCGCCCGCCUGAUCAGUACUCCCGCCCAGACCGGAGCCGACACGCCGCAUACCCACAUCCUGCCUCGACUCCGAGCGACCACUCGGACAUCUCAGCCAGUGUGGCUCCUCACUACGACCAUGGCUACUCGGCCCGCGGUGCUCACUACGAUCCGGCGUACGACGAACAGUAUGCAGACAAUCGCUGGCCUCACCACUCUGCGCCCUACCCGACUCCACCUACCAUGAUGUCCAGCACGCCCUCUGCGCAAUAUGACAAUCAUGCCGUACUUGCGAACUACGAACAUUAUGGCUACCCUGCCCAUCAUCAUUCUUACGCCGCUCAGCCUAGUCUAGGCAAUCCGUUCAUGCCUACUCCACCGCCGCAGGCUCCCACCCCGCAACCAGGCUAUGCUUACGAUCCGUACACCGGCACGUACCAAUUACAAAGGCCCGACAUGGUUGCUAGAAACUCAAUGACAUACAUGUAUCCUGAUAUGCACCAUACAGCUUAUCCCCAAAGGCCAUACUCUAGCCCGCAAAACAUGAUGCAAGCCAUGCCACCUCCUGCUUAUCCUCCUCACUUCUAUUCUUCCCAUUUGGCAUCUCCCAUGCCCGACGAAAAGCCCGCAAAGCCCACCGCCGCAAAUGAGCAGAAAGCCCCGGCCGAAGCUGACAGCAUUGCUGUCUUGGUGGCCGGCUUCGAGAAACAACGUCUUGAAUGGGAAGAGGCUGCCGCUGCCAAAGCCGCUGCAGAAAAGGCUACCGCAGAAGCCAAAGCCGUUCACGAGAAAGAGCUUGCCGAUGUUGCCGCGAAGGCUCGUGAAGAUGCUGAAAAGGAUGCCGCUGUCAGAGCGGCUGCAGAGAGGGCUGCAGUCAAGGCUGCCGAAGAAGCUAGAGCCGCUCGCGAGAAGGAGCUUGCCGAUGUGGCCACAAAGGCUCGUGAGGAUGCUGAGAAGGAUGCCGCUGUCAGAGCGGCUGCAGAGAGGGCUGCGGAAAAGGCUGCCGAAGAAGCUAGAGCCGCUCGCGAGAAGGAGCUUACCGAAGCUGCCACACGUGCUCGUGAAAUCGCUGAGAAAGAUGCCGCCGCUGCAACCGCUUUAGCCAAAGCUGAGGUUGAGAAACUCAUCGCAGAAGCCAAAGCAGAGCACGAAAAAAAAAUGGCAGAGGCCAAGGCUCUAGCUGAUGCAGCAGAGGCAGCGAAGAAGGCCGCCGAGGAGGAGUUGAAAAAGAAUACCCCAGGGCCUGAUGCCGACAAAGCGCCCAUCAAAUUCACCGACGCCGUGGAUAGAAGCUUUACCCUGCCUUGGCACUUGGUCAAGACUUGGAAGGGCAUGGAGACUCUGAUUAGACAAGCUUUUGUCAACAUCGAGCGUAUUGGGCCACAUGUUGCUAACGGUCACUACCACUUGUUAGGUCCGAACAGCGAGAUCAUUUUGCCGCAAGUUUGGGAUACUGUAGUCCAACCUGGGUGGGACAUUAAGAUGCAACUCUGGCCCUUGCCACCCGAUCCGAUUGACGAGAAGGUCCUCAACGGUAUCGGCGGCUUUCCACCUGACAUCAUACCAAUCCCGAAUGCACAACCACGGAGGAGACCCUCCAGAGGCAACAAGGUCAGUGGCAAUAAGAGCGCGGGCAAGCGUGCGUCCGUAGGACCCGCGCCGCCACCACCUCCCUCUCACACCCAACCACCAGUCCAAUAUUCUUCCCCACCUCCACCUCCCAUGCACAUGCCCACCGUCCUCGUCGGUCAUGACGAUCUUGAAGAUCCCGUCGUGUUCAUCGAAGAUGAUGGUCGUGGUAGGAGUGGAGGCGGCGCUGGCCACAAGCCGAAAAGCAGUGCUAAUUCAAGCAAGAAGAAACAGGUGCCUGCAUUUACCAGAUGGAUGCUCGGUGGCGGUCCGCGACCGCGCCCAAAAGGGGCUGAAAAACCUGCUGCUGGUGUCAAGAUUCGUCAUAUUGUUGUUUGA